GGGUGGCCUGAGAGGCGGUACGCGAAGCCGCAUGGACAGCCUGGCGCCGGGCCGAUGGAGACGGCGGAGGAUGGAGGAGCUGCCAGCGGCAGGGGACGCGAAACGGGCGUGCAGGAGGUCAGAAGCAGGUGGACAUGAGUGCAGCGGUCACAUGCUAACCACCUGUGCCCUGCUGUCCUGGAGCACAGAGGACCAGGAGUCAAGGCCACGAGGCCUGCCUGCACCACAACCAGAGUGUAGCCAGGAGCGGCUGAGCUCAAUGAUUCUGCAGAACGGUGGAAGGAGUUCAGCCCAGCCUUGCCUGAGAUGUAUCGCGGGGGAAUCUGGCCAUUUUAACCAUACCAGCAAUCAUUAGAAGAUGCAAAUGGGACGAAGGAAGAUUCCAGUUGAGUUUGAAUUCUCACACGAUGGCCAGUGCACAUCCCUUAACAGCUUGCCUGGGUACCCCCCUGUUCAAAUGACAGCCAGGGCUCUCUGCAGAGGUUGUCUGCCUCUUAGGUAAUCCACUGUCCUCUGUAGAAGGCCAGGAAUAUCCUGAGUGGGAUGGUUCAUCGAAGCCUCUUUUCUAAUGUCUUCUGCUGGACAAGAAAUUAUCUAAGAGUCAGAAAAUUCUGUAUCAAACUACCCAGAGCCUCAUAGCUCAUGUAAUCAUUAGGCUCAGCUGGAGAUCUCCCUGCCUAUGGACUUUGGGUUGUUUCUGGACAGUACUGGGCUGCUCACAUACUCUUUUUAAUUAAAAGACUUAUUUUUGUAUUUUAAAUGCUCUAUAAUCUUAAAGUGAAUUUUGUUAAAUGCUGAUGUCCAAUCAAGCUGUGUAAUUCUCCAACUGAUGUUAUCAGGGACAGAACCCCAUUUAUAUUAAAAUGGAAAUUGUGGAUA